AUGAGGGAUGGAUUGGAAGCGCUGUCUGGGAACAGAAAAGAGUGCGACAAAAUGGGGCAGCUUUACGGCCUGGUGUACAAGAAAGCUGGGAUUCUUUGGCAUCCCAGCUUGAAACAUUAUGUUGAUCCAACCAGUCAAACGUUUUUUGACUGGGUGCACAUUUUGCUUGCUAGCGGGGGACUUGGUCAGUACGAGAUGAACGAUUAUCUGAAAGUCCUUCAGUUGAACAACGUUGGCCUGGACCAGUUGGACUCUUUUCAACAAGGUGUGUGCAUUCCGAAGGCCCUUACCAAGCUUCCCAAGUGUUUCUUUGCAGAACGCAUUUGCAAAGACAAUGACACGCACCUACGGUGCUUUGCAGGUGAGCUGUUGACGGCCAUACCUGCCAUGACCUUGUUCAACAGUCUGGUUUUGGAACCUUUGGGAAUUUUGAGGGACCACCGGCUUUGUUUCCAGCAGUUGGCAACCAUUAUUGACAUCUUGAGCAAGGGCGAGGGAGCAUUGCAGUUCCUUCCUCAGUUGAAGCGCGUGGAUGUCAAAAGCGACAGUCAGUUCGAUGGUGGGGAUGCUUCAAUGUGCACAGCUGAUGAAAUGUUAUCAGAUCACUGCUGCAGUUGCAAGAAACGCGUUGACCCGGAGAACAGUUUAGUCAUUGUCAGAGCAUCGGUUAAGACUCCAGAGGCUCGCAGGCGCCGCAGUUGCCACAAUGUGCGUGGUGCCAUCCAGCGGUUGGCAAACCGUCAAGGCAAUCUUGUGAAAGAAUUCACGUCUGUUUCAGGUGACCGCUUGCAAGAGUUCUACAGCAAUUUCUCUAACCUCAGGGGUGAAGACCUUCGCAUGAAGAUUGAAGAAACGGUCACCGACUGGAAAACAGCAACGACAACAUACAAGUUCACACAGGACGCUGAGUUUAUGGACGAGAUUGAAGUGAGAAAGAAGUAUGUUGAUCGGCCAAACGUGGCUGAACACAUACUCCUGAAUGGAAGACGCUUCUUUUGCCCAGUGAAAAAGGUCAUGCUGUUUGCCGAUCCCAAGUACAAUGCGAAGGUUGAGGACACUGAGGAACUUGGCACCAGCACCAAACGCAAAGCGCAAACAGCCCUCAAGGAAAAUGAAGAACCAAAAAAGCCGCCCAGAAAACCAAGAAAGGGACAGGAGGAUAAGAACAUAGAAGAAAAAAUACUGUCGAAGAAGCUGGAGAUGGCAAAUGCCAAGGAUACUUUGCUGAAAGAUGCGGUUGAGAGUCGUGAGAAGCGUCAAGCCUGCCAGCAGCCAGAUGUUUUCAAGACUGUCAAGAACAGUGUGGACACUGGAAAAGGCAAUGCCAGUCACUUGAUGACCUUAUUGGACGAGGCAAUGGACAAGAUCGUGGAGGCAACUUCCCGUCUGAAGGCUCAGCUGGAUGCUGCAGAGGCAUUCAACAAGCCAAAUGAUUGGAGUAAGGUGGUCCCAAAGCUUGGCAAAUGGUCACGGAAGCUUCAUGUGAGCUUUCCAUGUGUCGGCAUCGACGGUGCUGGACUUGCAUUGAAGUGCUUGCAGGUGCCUUUUUGUGCAAACAAUGUCUAUGACCUGGAGGGUCGAUACCAGCAACACCUGGAGAAACACCUUCCAGAUUGCGACCUCCACUUGGGCAGCAUUGAUGGCGAUAUAUGCCAAGCUGAUCUUGGCAGCAUCGAACGACCGGUGGACCUACUAAUCUCUGGUCCACCCUGCCCACCUUGGGCAGGGAACGGAUGUCACAAGGGCCAAGAAGACAGCAGGGCCGAUGUGUUCCUAAGUGUCAUGAAAAUGGUGCUGGUCCUCAUCAAAUCAGGUGAUUUGAAAGCCUGCGUUUUGGAGAACGUUAAAGGCAUCAUGCACCAAAGGAACGGUGCCACGAGCUUCAUGGAGAAUAUCACUGCUUUUUUGCGACAUGAGUGUCCAGAGUUCGACUGGGGAGUUGUUAGUCUCAAGGCUGAACAAUACAUGCUUGCACAGCAAAGGACCAGAGUCUUCCUCAGAGGCUUGCGGAGAACAGUUGGAAAAGGAACGGUGCCAGAACCCCUGGACCCAUUUGGAAAGAAGCCUUUGGUUGAUUUCCUAGAUCCCAAGUUGCCAUCCGUGGACAAAUCCACGUUGACGGAUGUUACGCGCCAGAAUCUGAUCGAUGCUAUGGCAGCAAUCAACAAAAUGAUGAAAAAGGGAGACGCGGUUUCCAGCGACAUCAUUGUGUUUCCAUUGGACAGAGCGGAAGGAAAGGUCUAUGUUCGCAGGUUCUCCAAGAACAUCGUGCCGACGUUGACGACAACGAACAUGUUUCUUGCUUCGCUUGACCUUGAGAUGCCAGAGAAAGACCGCAAGUUUUUCCGCUUUUUGUCAUUGACAGAACGCAUGUUGCUGCAGGGGUUCGAUGCAGACACGUUGUAUGACUGCAGCGAUGCGCUGAGGAUCAAAGGGGCUGGGAACACAUAUCCGGUACCACUCAUCAUUGCUGUUGUGGCUCCACUAUUGAUGGAGAUUAGACCAAAUCUGGGCGCCGUGCCCCGAUCCUCCACUUCGCUGGGCGCCCAAGAUUGCGCUAAGUUUGAUGAGUUCAUGGAGGUGGCUAAAGUGAAGGCUCGCCUCAUUUCCCAGGGAAACGCACGACGCAUGGCGUCCAAAAGGUUGAAAGACUUGCUUUCCUUUCUGUCAAGCCUAAGUGGUUUGAAGGAUGCCCCGCGGUCAAUGGAGCAACAACAGCGCCUGGUGGAAGGCUGCCUCCAAGACUUUGUGACGGGGCCCAAAAUCGAGAUGACAGAAGGGACAGAGAUGGUGAACUGGGUCACUGCUGCUUCAAUCCCAGGUUGGAUGAAGGAGCAGGUCUUGCAGGCAGUGCAGGACAAGGUUCUGGCCGACCAGACCAAUCAGAAGGAACCUGCUAAAGGAAAAAGACAACCUUUGCAAAGGAACUUGCACCUGUUCCACUACUUCACAGAGGAGGAAUGGGGAGUGAUGAGAAGUGAAACCCAAGGCUUGAACGCAAAGCUCCAAAUUUUGAAGAACAGGUGUCAGUUCAUUGGGCUCACAUGUCCUACAGAACCCACAUAUGUACUUGCCAACGUCAUUCUUCAUUUGGCUGCCCACAAUGGGCCCCCAGAAACUUUUCAGAUUGAUACAAGGAAGGCAUUUAGGGUCCUCAGGGAUGUCAAAACGGUCAUCAAGUCAGGCAGCAAAAAGGGGCAGCAUUCAGGCUUGGAAGUUUAUCCGAGCGACCCAAAAGGUUUGCCUGAUGCCAUCAAACAAACUGCGUAUUGCAAUGCGCAACCUGUGGCGUGCCCUUUGGACAUUGAUACUAUAGAAUCUUUAGCGAUGUCUUUUCCAUGCAGGGAGACGCAUGGUGAUGUUCGACGAGCGGGGCAUUCUGGUGUUUCAUUGCGUUCCUCACACCGUGAUGAUGGUUUGCGGGAUAUCCUUUGCAAUGCGCUUUUGGACAGGUUUAUGGGUGGGUCUGGAGGAAGCCAGCCAGAAGCCCUAACCAUUUUUGGAAAUGGGCAAUCUUUCAAAAAGAGAGCCAAGCAACCUUUGGCUUUGGAAGAUGGUUUUGUUGAUGGUCCUGAGGACAAAACGUGCAAAACAACAGUGUCUCCUCAAGUCAUUCCUGAAGAUGGUUUGCCAAAGGCGGUUGAGGAUGCGAAACCCUAUCACUUGGAAGUGGCCACAAUUUACACGUGUCCCAACAGCCAAAGUUGGCGCGUCAAGAAAACAGGGGACAAGAAAGAUCGAGCUUUUUCUUGGAAGAAGGAGGAUCCCAAAAGUACAUGGAAACGAGUGGUGGGGUACCUCGAGGAGAUUGCAAAUUGA